AUGGAACUGGCCUAUAGUUAUGUUAAGAAAUAUGCCUCUGCCAAAUAUCAUUCAUGUGCAGAUGAACCUCUUAAGAGUCAAGUUAAUGCGUUGUUGUCUCAGUGUCAGCAACAUAAUGACAAGCUGCAGAGUAGACAACUUACAAAGAAAGGUAACAAACAGAAAUUGGCUAACGAAAUUGCGGUAUUGCUCAGAAUCACAGAAAUUUCUGAGCAAAUGGGGGAGCAAUGGAGAGCAGAAAGGAGUCAUCUUGGAGAGCAGAUAGAGAAAAUUGGAGAUAAUCUUAGUAGCAUUGCAACUGCCUCCAGUGUUGAAAUGGAUGACUUGAGGGCUACUGUGUGCAAUUUAUCCGAAAGAAAUUGUGAGCUGCAAGAACAAUUGGAACAAUGCAAUGCAAACUUUGAUAUGAAGAGUAGACUUGUUGGUUCAUUGCAACUAAAAUUAUCUCAUAUGGAGGAAUUGGUAAUGUCUUUGGAGAGGAAAUUGGAAGAUGCAAACUCACAGCUACUUAGAAAGGAGCAAUGGAUAUUAUCCCUCAAUGAACGGAAGAAAAAGUGUCCAUCAGCCAAUAUCUGUAUUGUCACUGAUGUGAAUACAUCCAAUGAGGUGGCAAUAGCAAAUGCUCCUGGAUAUUUAGGGGAGGGCACUAGUGUACUCACAAUUAAUGAAAAACUUACAUUGUGCCAGAUUCUGGGUGAGUUUAAUACACUGGAGUCACCCGUGUGCCUGUCUAAUAAAUUUGAGGCUAUUGUACAGAAAUACACUUUGAGUGAUAAAGAUGCAUGCUCUCUUCUAAGGGCUUGGGUACCAGCACCUCUAGCAGCCCAGGUAUCUGCAUAUGAAAAUGACAACUUAGAUGCAGAGGGAAGGAUGAAAGAACUGCAGCGUGUGUUAAAGAGUCGUGAUGAUAGAGGGAUAAAUGCGCUACAAAGAAUGAGAUUUAGAAGAGGAGAUGACCCUAUAUUGUUCUGUAACCAAUAUCUUUCACUGUACAGAAGUGUGUAUAACUGUCCUGAUAUGUCUGCUGAUGAUUCAGGCUUCAUAUACUCAAUGGCCAAUAUAUGUUAUGUGAACUAUCCUAAUAGGAUUGCCCUCAGAAAUGCCAAUUCAUACCAGAGCUUUAUCAAUAUACUUAGAGACUGGUGUGAAGAAUCCAGUGAUGGUCAUAGAUCAGAUGCAGAUAUAUCAGUAGUGAACAGAGGUACAAGAAGGAAGAAAUUCAUCAGGUGUUACAAAUGUCACAGACCAGGGCACAUUCAGAGAUUUUGUAGAACCCCCGAUAUUUUCAGCCUGAUACCGGAUGAUAAAAGUAUAUCCACCCAGGGCAAGGAAAGCAUACCACAGGAGCCUGAUGUAAUGGAUAACAGCCUUGGGGAGUCAGGAAAUGCUGAGGGGCAAAAGGAGGAGAUUACAGAUAACAAUGGCCCCCACCAUCCGAAUAGCCAACAGCCAUGGGGGACGAGCAUACCAAUGUUUGCACCCUGGGCUAAUCUUCCAUUUUGGCUGGUAUGCAGUUGGUCCCAAAUAGCAUUACCAUUUUUCAUAAAAAAUAUGGCAAACUUUGUGAGCAAUGCCUGCUUAGUUUAGGAAGAAUAUGGGACUUAUAUUCUAGCCAUACAGAUAACAGGACAAGGCUUAGAGAAUAAGGAUUUGACUGU